AUGGCCUCUAUUUGGGGCAUUGGGGAGCGGCAGGCAUCUGAACUGGUCUGAAUCUCACUCUUUUCUUGGGCCAAGCCAACGUGGAGAGAAGGAACCCAACCAGACCCCUGGCAACCUGCCUUACAGGGUAGCCCACAUAUCUGCCCAAUGCUGACCCUCUGCUGCUCCAGCUUUGGUACAAGAGUGAGGGAGAAGCUGGAGCUUGCACACCCAGUGGCCAGUGGGCCUGUUUUCCCAGCUCCUCCUCAGGGCUUUGCUGUCAGUGCCAAGCCGGUUCCCCAGCCAGAUUUCCAUGUGCCAUUUGCCAGCAUGUGGGAGCUCUGCGCAUGUAUGAGGGUGUUUGUAGAAGAGGGCAGUUUCCUUUCAAAUGGCCUCGGAAAGGGAAAAGAGUGCUCCCUCCGGCCCCCAGGUAGCCUUGACCAGGGAUGUGGGCCAAGGAGUAUAGUCUGUGGAGCUGGCCAACUUGUGGCAUCCACUCCGAAUAGCAGAGACCCAGUGACGCCUACUUCGGGUCCUCCCGGCCCUCAGUAUUUGGUUUUGUUCACCAAAGAUGAUCUGACCCACCUUCCUCCCAAAGGCACAACAGUAACAUAUUCCUCUGUCAACCUAUGAGGGCAUGCGGGAUUCUGAAGCCACAGACUCAGUCUUCCUAAGUCAGCAAUCUCUCUCUCUCUCUCUCCUCGAACUUCAUCGCAUUCGUAGAAGCUACUUACAGGGUCCCUGGGCUAACCAGGGCGAUCGGCGAACUUUACUGUACAGUAGCUCAGUCUAGCUGUCAGAUCAUCCCUUUUGCUGUAGCCUAUGUUGGGGUUUUUAUAUUUGUAAUCAUUGGUAAUUCAGUGUCUUAUGAAGUGGGCACAGCUCCCCACAGAGUGCAAGUUGUCAGCACGUCUCUGUGCACUGGUUGUUGCUCAGGGCAGUGCCCUGCAGAUGAGCCAGGUGGCUCAGGGGGCAGCAGAAGGGCUGUUUUCCCCACUCCCUCUGCCAAAAAUACUUCUCUGGAUUUGUAGACGUUGACCCAGAGUUAUCUGUCCCCUCCCGAAAAGGGUUUUCUUACCGGUUUCUACUGAAGGGGAGGUAGGGGAGGAGGAAAAAAGGACCAUGUGUGAUGCUCUCAGAGAAGACACUGAUGCUGAUUAUGGCGGGUUUCCUGCAGGCCCUCGUGCGCUCCUCGGCAAGGCCCCAGGCUGGGAAGGGGUUCCCCCCCAACUGCCCAUCCUGCCUGCUCUGUGCUGGGUAGAGUCAGUGACAGGGAGGCAGCCCUCUUAUGUACAUAGAGUGAGCUGAUUUGGGCUCAGGAAAACCUAGUCGCUUGUUGCUCGUCUGUGACAUUUUUGUACACUGGUUUGCUACUCAUGGCACGAAACAGACAGAAACCCCAUGAAAAAUAAAACAAAACAAGUCAUUUCAAAAAAAGCUGUUGUUUCGAAAACUCUUGCUUCUUUUGGUGUCAAUGCUGUGUUUUGUUUUAAUGAAUCCUUCAUUUAUAUUGGUGUUACUGUAGUGAAGAGAAUGAUAGGCUCAUCUGUAAUGGUUUCUUCCAGGAGCUUAGCAAAUGCCUCUGCCCCUCUUCCCCUAACCCCAUCCUUCCUCAAUUUCCAGUUGGGAUUGCUGUGCACUGGACAGACCCCUCACUGUCUCCCCUGAAACCCCACACAGUGGCUCUCUUUAGAACCAGUCUUUGUACUCUCCCUCAACAGCAGCAGGGUAAGGCUGGUUCUUGCGUGCUCUGUGACCCCACCAGUUUGCUCACCUCUUGGGGCGUUUUGUAAUGUGUUUUCUCUGUUUUGUAAAAUCUUUUGAUUGUACUGAAAUGGUUUCUGCAGUUGCCUUUGGAAAUAAAUGGUCAUUAAUUUGUUUACUUAGCAUUCUGCAUUCUAGUCUCAAGUGUUUCUGUUGUUGGAGAUCCUUGAAUGAAAAGGAACCCUCACCAUGGGACUUACUGCUAUAAUGUUUUCUUCAUUUACUGUUAAUUAGAAGAUUUAUGAGA